ACACCAACCACAACAUUGGAUACUACCACACAAUCAACUACCCAAUCCACCACAAAUACACCGACAACAACGGAGACAGCCACCGUACAAUUGACAACAACCAAACCGCAGACAACCACACCAACCACAACAUUGGAAACUACCACACAAUCAACUACCCAAUCCACCACAAAUACACCGACAACAACGGAGACAACCACCGUACAAUUGACAACAACCACACCGCAGACAACCACACCAACCACAACAUUGGAUACUACCACACAAUCAACUACCCAAUCCACCACAAAUACACCGACAACAACGGAGACAACCACCGUACAAUUGACAACAACCACACCGCAGACAACCACACCAACCACAACAUUGGAAACUACCACACAAUCAACUUCCCAAUCCACCACAAAUACACCGACAACAACGGAGACAACCACCGUACAAUUGACAACCACACCACAGACAACCACACCAACCACAACAUUGGAUACUACCACACAAUCAACUACCCAAUCCACCACAAAUACACCAACAACAACGGAGACAACCACCGUACAAUUGACAACAACCACACCGCAGACAACCACACCAACCACAACAUUGGAUACUACCACACAAUCAACUACCCAAUCCACCACAAAUACACCGACAACAACGGAGACAACCACCGUACAAUUGACAACAACCACACCGCAGACAACCACACCAACCACAACAUUGGAUACUACCACACAAUCAACUACCCAAUCCACCAUAAAUACACCGACAAUAACGGAGACAACCACCACAACCACACCAACCACAACAUUGGAAACUACCACACAAUCAACUUCCCAAUCCACCACAAAUACACCGACAACAACGGAGACAACCACCGUACAAUUGACAACAACCACACCACAGACAACCACACCAACCACAACAUUGCAAACUACCACACAAUCAACUUCCCAAUCCACCACAAAUACACCGACAACGGAGACAACCACCGUACAAUUGACAACAACCACACCACAGACAACCACACCAAGUACAACACUGGAUACUACCACGCAAUCAACUUCCCAAUCCACCACAAAUACACCGACAACAACGGAGACAACCACAGUACAAUUGACAACAACCGCACCGCAGACAACCACACCAACCACAACAUUGGAUACUACCACACAAUCAACUUCCCAAUCCACCACAAAUACACCGACAACAACGGAGACAACCACCAUACAAUUGACAACAACCACACCACAGACAACCACACCAACUACAACAUUGCAAACUACCACGCAAUCAACUUCCCAAUCCACCACAAAUACACCGACAACAACGGAGACAACAACUGUACAAUUGACAACAACCGCACCGCAGACAACCACACCAACCACAACAUUGGAAACUACCACACAAUCAACUUCCCAAUCCACCACAAAUACACCGACAACAGAGACAACAACUACAACCACACCAACCACAACAUUGGAUACUACCACACAAUCA